AUGGAAGUCCUUCUCUUCCUCUUCUUCCCCGUCACCGUUUUCUCGGAUUUAUCCGUUGAUAGAUCCGCCCUUUUGGCCCUACGAGCCUCCGUAGGUGGUCGCACUCUCUUUUGGAACACCACCCUAACCACCCCAUGCAACUGGCCAGGCGUCCUAUGUGAAAACGAUCGAGUAACCGUGCUCCGCCUCCCCGCCGCCUCCCUCUCCGGCGUCAUACCGCCAAAUACCCUAUCUAAUAUCACUCUCCUCCGCACUCUCAGCCUCCGUCUCAACCACCUCUCCGGCCUGCUACCCUCUGACCUCUCCCAUCUCUCUCGACUCCGCAAUCUUUACCUUCAGGGGAACCAGUUUUCGGGCCCUGUGCCGGAAUUCAUCUUCUCUGUUCAUGGUGUCGUGCGCUUGAAUCUUGCGCAAAACAAUUUUUCUGGAGAAAUCCCAUCUGGGUUUAACAACUUGACGCGGUUGAAGACUCUUUAUUUGGAGAACAAUGGGUUUACUGGGGUUCUGCCGGAGCUUGAACUCCCAAAUCUUGAGCAGUUCAAUGUGUCUUUUAAUAGUUUAAAUGGUUCUGUGCCGAAAGGGCUUGAAGGGAAGCCUAAAAGUGCUUUUUUGGGGAAUUCUUUCUGUGGGAAGCCUCUUGAUAAUGCUUGCGCUGAUUCUGUGAGUCCAAAGGGUGUUAAAAUUUCAGGGAAAAGUAGUGAAAAGGGGUUGUCUGGAGGUGCAAUUGCUGGGAUUGUAAUUGGAUCUGUUGUUGGCUUACUUUUAUUGUUGCUUGUGUUGUUUAUAUUGCUGAGGAAGCGGAGUGGGAACAAUGCGAGGUCUGUAGAUAUGCCGGAGAUUAAGAAUCAAGAAACUGAGGCGGGCGAAAAGUCAGGUGUGGAGGCAGAGAAUGCUGAUGUGAUUUCGGCUGCAGCAAUUCCAUCUCAUUGGGAAAAUAGAACGAAUGCAGCUGCCAAGAAACUGGUGUUUUUUGGGAACACUUCGAGGAUGUUUGAUUUGGAGGAGUUGUUGAGAGCUUCUGCCGAGGUUUUGGGGAAGGGAACAGUUGGAACUACCUACAAGGCGGUUAUGGAAGUCGGCGCUAUGGUGGUUGUGAAAAGGUUGAAGGAUGUUACUUUUUCAGAGAAGGAGUUCAGGGAGAAAAUUGAAUGGAUGGGAGUCAUGAAUCAUGAGAAUUUGGUACCUCUCAGGGCUUAUUAUUACAGCAGGGAGGAGAAGCUUCUUGUCUAUGAUUAUAUCCCAAUGGGGAGCUUGUCUGCACUUCUUCAUGGAAACAAAGGAGCUGGCAGGACACCGUUGAAUUGGGAAGCCUGGUUCGGCAUUGCCCUUGGAGCUGCCCGUGGCAUUGAAUACCUGCAUUCGCAAAGUCCCAAUAUCUCCCAUGGAAACAUCAAAUCGUCCAAUAUUCUCCUCACUAGGUCCUAUAAGGCACAAGUUUCAGAUUUUGGACUAAACCACCUGGUUGCACCUCCAUCCUCUCCCACCCAAGUUGCUGGAUAUCGUGCACCAGAAGUGACUGACACUCGUAGAGUCUCUCAAAAGGCCGACGUUUAUAGCUUUGGCGUGGUGGUCCUGGAGCUUCUUACAGGGAAGGCACCCACUCAUGCCCUCCUGAAUGAGGAAGGCGUUGACUUGCCAAGAUGGGUUCAGUCAGUGGUUCAAGAGAAGUGGACUUCUGAAGUUUUUGAUCUUGACCUCCUCAGGUACCAGAAUGUUGAAGAGGAAAUGGUGCAACUCUUGCAAGUUGCAGUCGACUGCACCGCUCAGUACCCCGACCAGCGCCCUUCAAUUUCUGAAGUUGCAAGGCGGAUUGAAGAUCUCCACCCCUCAAGCUUACCAUAUGAUCAAGAACAGUCUGAUCAUGUGAGUGAAGCACAAUGA